AACACGUAACAACGAGCGUUUGUUUACAAACAGGUCACUAGGUUCAGAUUUGCUGUUUUAUUUGAUUUCAAUUGGAUAGAGAGUGUGAAUAGCCGGUUUUGGAAGAGAUAAAGGAAAGAUUAAACAUGUCCUUAAACGCUAGAAUUGGUCCGUCGAUACUUAAUGCGGAUCUGUCCCAGUUGCACGAGGAAUCUCAAAAACUGCUCGAUAAUGGCGCCGACUAUUUGCAUUUGGAUGUUAUGGACGGAAAUUUCGUACCAAACCUUACCUUUGGUCAUCCAGUUGUGAAGUGUUUAAGAAACAAAAUCACUAACGCCUUCUUCGAAACUCACAUGAUGGUUGAGCGUCCCGAGCAAUGGAUAGAACCGAUGGCUGAUGCUGGUGUCCAACAGUACACCUUCCACAUUGAACCUGUUAUGCAAAUAGUGCCUGAAGUUUGUAGAAAAGUACGGGAAGCAGGGAUGAAAGUGGGAUUGGCUAUCAAACCCGGCACACCUGUAGAUAACGUGCAGAAGUUCAUUGAAGCUGCGGACAUGGUUCUGAUCAUGACCGUUGAGCCUGGUUUCGGUGGGCAAAAGUUUAUGGCCGAUAUGAUGCCGAAAGUGCGAUGGCUACGGGAAAACUAUCCAACAUUGGACAUUGAAGUUGACGGGGGUGUAGGCCCAUCCACGAUCGAUUUGUGCGCUAAAGCAGGCGCAAAUAUGAUCGUGGCAGGCACGGCAAUCAUACGGGCAGACGAUCAGUCAGCUGUAAUUUGCGAAUUAAGAAACUCUGUAUUGCGAGCCAUAAAACAACAGUGACUGGUUUACGAGAAAUUAAUUGAACAUAUCAUUUCCAUGUUUUGAAAACAACGCAGACUUAUUUUCUACGAAAAAUACACAAUGCCCUAUAUUAUAUAUGAAAACAUAACCUUCAUUUGCGUCGUUUACUUCAUAUUUAUCUAUAUUUGAUUAUAUGAGAUGGACUGGCAAGUUUUUGUAUCAUUUGAACAAGAGCAACGCUU